UGCAGCGGGAGAGAGAUGCAAGAGUUUAUUCACCCCUAGGUGAAUAGCCAGUCGCUUUACAUUACAUCUGCCUGUCAGGGUUGGCUAUUUAAGCUGUCAUGCCCUUGGUAUUGCUCUUUGACUGUGAAUAAAGUGCAGCAUUGUGAUUACUAAUCCCACUCCAGUGACUUGACUUUAAAUGUGGUUUUGGAGUGGAUCCCGGAGUCCUGUUUGCUAAGCUUCCUACUCCUGUUUCAGAGACACCACUGGAUAGCGAGGAGAGAGCACUGAAGGCUGCCCUCCUCCACUUAGAACUUGUUGCUUUUUAAAAAAAUCUUUUUUAUUGUGUGUAAAUCAUCUGAAGGAAACCAAUGGCUACCAAAGUUACCUGUUUGUUUUUCUUUUUCUCUUUGCCUCUGCUCCCAGUGGGAAAUCACACUGGACGCAUCAAGGUGGUCUUUACACCCAGCAUAUGUAAAGUGACUUGUAAAAAAGGCACCUGUCAGAACAGCUGUGAGAAAGGGAACACCACCACACUGAUUAGUGAAAACGGGCAUGCUGCUGACACCUUGACAGCACCCAACUUCCGAGUAGUUAUUUGCCACCUUCCUUGCAUGAAUGGAGGCCAAUGUAGUUCAAGAGAUAAAUGCCAGUGCCCCCCUAAUUACACUGGUAAGCUUUGCCAGAUCCCUGUGCAGAGUGGUGCUGCUCCAAAACUUUAUCAUAAUCCACAACAAGCAAGCAAGGCCGUGGGAUCGCAUGUCAUCCAUUCCACACAUACUUUACCACUGACGAUGCCUGGGCAGCAAGGCAUAAAAGUGAAAUUUCCUCCAAACUUUGUAAAUAUACAUGUGAAACAUCCCCCUGAAGCUUCAGUGCAAUUUCACCAAGUGUCAAGAAUUGACAGCACAUCAUCAGGACAAAAAGCAAAGCCAAAGCCAUCCCAAUCAGGACAUUCCCAAGUUUCUUAUCAAAGCCUGCCAUUUCAGAAGACCCAGAAAAUACAUUCAACCUAUUCACAUCACCAGCCUGUUUCUCAUAUAUUUCCUAUUUCUGCUAAAACUCAGCUUGGGCGAUGCUUCCAGGAGACUAUUGGGACACAGUGUGGUAAAGCACUUCCUGGCCUCUCAAAGCAAGAAGAUUGCUGUGGGACUGUGGGUACUUCCUGGGGUUUUAACAAAUGCCAAAAGUGUCCAAAAAAAACCAGGUAUGUGUCUUACUCUGGAUAUAGCCCAGUAGUGGACUGUCCACAAGGUUACAAGAGAAUUAAUGCUACUUUUUGUCAAGAUAUUAAUGAAUGCCAACUGCAAGGGGUAUGCCCUAAUGGUGAGUGUUUGAAUACCAUGGGCAGCUAUAGGUGUACCUGCAAAAUGGGAUUUGUGCCAGACCCUACUCUUUCCAGAUGCAUCCCUGAUAAUCCCAUGGUCACUGAAGAGAAAGGGCCCUGCUACCGGUUUGUCAGUGCAGGAAAGCAGUGUAUGCACCCUCUCUCUGUUCAGCUCAGCAAGCAGCUCUGCUGUUGCAGUGUUGGCAAAGCCUGGGGCCCCCACUGUGAGAAAUGUCCCCUUCCAGGAACAGCUGCUUUUAAGGAAAUCUGCCCUGGUGGAAUGGGCUAUACGGUUUCUGGCUCUCACAGAAACAAGCUAUAUCAUCACCCUGCAGUUAGAAUUCAGCCACCUGUCAUUGGCAAGACCCAGAUUACUCAUCAUGUUGCUAAAGGUACUUCUCCUCCACCUCUCCCAGCAAAGGAAGAGCCAGUGGAGGCACUGACCAUCUCACAGAAAAGUGAGCCAGAGGUGGCUGUGCGAGAAGUAGUAGUUGAAAAAACCUCUCCUCCUGUGCCUGUUGAAGUUGGCCCAGAUGUCUCUACUUCAAGUGCCAGUCAAGUAAUAGCACCAACUCAAGUUACAGAAAUCAACGAAUGCACUGUGAACCCAGAUAUCUGUGGAGCAGGCCAUUGUGUUAACUUGCCUGUGGGAUACACUUGCUUCUGCUAUGAUGGAUACAAGCUUAAUGAUCAACAAACCAAAUGUUCUGAUAUUAAUGAAUGUACUCAGACUCCACAUCUCUGCUCCCUUGGGCGUUGUGAAAAUACAGAAGGAAGCUUCCUGUGCAUUUGCCAGGCAGGGUUUAUGGCCAAUGAACAAGGAACAGACUGUGUUGAUGUUGAUGAAUGUGCCAGACCUCAUACCUGUGGAGAAGGCUUCUGUGUAAAUACUAUUGGCUCAUACAGAUGUGAAUAUUGUGACAGUGGAUUCCGAAUGAACAGGAGAGGCCAGUGUGAAGAUAUUGAUGAAUGCUCAAUUCCACAUACUUGUCCUGAUGCAGAAUGUGUUAAUACUCUGGGUUCUUACCAGUGUGUCCCAUGCAGAGAUGGAUUCAGAGGCUGGAAUGGACAAUGUCAUGAUAUAAAUGAAUGCCAGUAUAGCAGUCUGUGCACAAAUGGCCAGUGUGAAAAUCUUGAGGGAUCCUUCAGAUGUCUUUGUAGCCAAGGUUAUCAGCUUUCCUCAGCAGGAGCUCAAUGUGAAGAUGUCGAUGAAUGCCAAGAGCAGCAACUUUGCAUAAAUGGCCAGUGCAGAAACAUAGCAGGUUCUUAUAGAUGCAUUUGUCCCCAAGGCUACCAAUUGUCAACUACAAGAGACCACUGUGAAGAUAUUAAUGAAUGCCAAGAAGACAGUGAUGUUUGUCGUGGAGGGAAUUGCAUUAAUACCAAAGGUUCUUAUGAGUGCACUUGUCCAGAUGGCUUCCAGCUAACAACUUCCAGGGGUUGUCAAGAUAUCAACGAAUGUGCAGGAUCCAAUCUCUGUUUACCUCAUGGGGAGUGUUUAAAUACAGAAGGCUCUUUCCAUUGCAUUUGUGAGCAGGGGUUUACAAUUUCUAGAGAUGGCCUGUCUUGCGAAGAUAUCGAUGAAUGCUUCAAUAGUACAGUGUGUGGCAAUCAUGGUUUCUGUGAAAAUUCACCUGGCUUUUUUCGCUGCCUUUGUUAUCAAGGUUAUCAGUAUCUGCAGGAUGAGCGAGGCUGUGUGGAUGUGAAUGAAUGUGAAAUGCUGAGUGGAGUAUGUGGAGAAGCCCUCUGUGAAAAUGUGGAAGGCUCCUUCCUCUGUCUGUGUUCUGAUGAAAACCAGGAGUAUGACCCUAUGACUGGACAGUGUCGCUUCCGCUCCUCAUCAGAUUUACAAGUAGAUAUCAAAGAGCCAGCAGAUGAGAAGAAGGAAUGCUACUACAAUCUAAAUGAUGCUAAUUUUUGUGAUAAUGUAUUAACAUCCAAUGUUACAAAACAAGAAUGCUGCUGUACUUUGGGUGCUGGCUGGGGAGAUAACUGUGAAAUAUUUCCAUGCCCUGUGCUUGGAAGUGCUGAGUUUACCGAACUGUGCCCAGAAGGGAAAGGUUUCAUACCCUCUGAAGAUCCAUCUUACGGAGCCGUUGCACAGAGUUACAAAGACGCCGAUGAAUGUCAUCUCUUUGGACAAGAAAUAUGUAAGAAUGGUUUCUGCUUAAACACGCAGCCAGGCUUUGAGUGUUACUGCAAACAAGGCACAUACUACGAUCCUGUAAAACUACAGUGCUUUGAUACAGAUGAAUGCCAAGAUCCCAAUAGUUGUAUUGAUGGGCAGUGCAUCAACACUGAAGGAUCUUACAGUUGUUUCUGUACACACCCAAUGGUUCUGGAUUCUACAGAAAAGCGAUGCAUCAGGCCAGCAGAAUCUAGUGAACAAACUGAAGAAACAGAUGUCUACCAGGACCUUUGCUGGCAACAUCUGAGUGAUGAUUUUGUUUGCAGCCGUCCUCUUGUUGGAAAACAAACAACUUACACUGAGUGCUGUUGUUUAUAUGGUGAAGCAUGGGGUAUGCAAUGUGCACUCUGUCCCAUGAAGAAUUCAGAGGACUAUGCCCAGUUGUGCAACAUUCCAGUUCCUGGAUCCCGGAGGCCGUAUGGGCAGGAUGCACUGGUUGACUUUGAGGAGGAACAGUACACUCCAGAAACUGAUCCUUAUUUUGUGGAAGACCGUUUCCUGAAUAGCUUUGAGGAGUUACAAGCAGAAGAAUGUGGCAUUCUGAAUGGAUGUGAAAAUGGACGCUGUGUAAGGGUGCAGGAAGGAUAUACCUGUGAUUGUUUUGAUGGCUACCAUUUGGACAUGGCCAAGAUGACAUGUGUUGAUGUGAAUGAAUGUAAUGAGCUGAACAACAGGAUGUCUCUCUGUAAGAAUGCCAAGUGUAUUAACACUGAAGGAUCAUACAAGUGUGUGUGCCUCCCGGGCUACAUCCCUUCAGACAAACCCAACUAUUGCACACCCCUAAACACAGAUACAGACAGUGAACUGGAGUAAGAUGCAGCAGCUGCCAUGUAACCUUAUACUCUGCACUGUAUAAAGAAAAGAAGCGCAAGAAGCAUAUUUAACUUGAGUUGAGGGUGCUCCUAAUCCACAGGUUGGCUACAUAUGGAAAACAAGCAAUAACAUAUAUCUUCUUAAAAGUGAAAGGUGGUGGUUUAAUAGACAUCAUCUUCACUAAAGCAACAGACCAAAUGGACAUAUUUCCCUGUGUGGAAGAAGAAAUUAAGUAUAUAUAGUUCAUAAAUAAAAUUAAUGGGAAUAAGCAAAAAUUUGUUGUUAUUUUGAACAGAAGGUGCGGGUUUGUUUGGGGUUUUGUUUUGUUUUUUUUACUGUUGCUUGAUUUAUUUGGCAUUUAAUUAGUUGCGGAAAUAUUUUGUAGUACUUUUUACUUAGCAAUCCUCUGCCUACUGUUUCUUUGGAAGCUUGUCUCCUUUGGUCCAGGUAUUGCAAUAUAAGCAAUUUUCCAAAUAUGGUUAUACACAAAAUGAUGUUCAUCUUUGUCUGGAACAUUGGCCAGUGACUUUUUAAAAAUGCUAAAUGUCUGCCCUGUGGAGCAGGCACUGUUCUUUAAAAUAAUGUACAGUUCAUGGAAAGAAAUCUUUUGUAUUCGUUUUGUAUUCCGCGUGGCCUUUUACUGCACUUAUGCCUUACAAUCUGCCUUGCCAAGUUUCAAAGCUGCUAAAGGAUGACCAUUGGAUAUCUCUUGUUCACAAUAACAAAGGAUCUGAGCUCCUGUUUGUAUUGUAAUGUGUAAAUUGAACACAGAUCUUGUAAUGGUUACCCUGACAUAUUAAAGCUGUAUAUUAAAACUCAAUAAAAUCUACGUUUUUU